UCUGAGGCCCUGGCCAAAUUCCAGUUUAGGGAUGUGGGUCUUCUUCUUGCCAUUCUAAUUGGAAAUGUGCAUCGCUUCCCAUUUUCCCUGUUGACCUCAGUGCAAACUGCAUUAGUCUGUUUCUUUGCCCUGGUCCCAAGUAAGAUCCUGGUGUGUAUUAUAUGGGCCAUGUUUAUGCCUUAUCUUAAUGCACAAGAGUUGAGGAAUGAGUGAGCUCCAUAUCAAAGUGCCCUGUAGUUAGAGGGGAACUCUUGUGAUGCUUUGGAGGUGAAAUGGGCCCUUUGGCAUAAGUUGGGGAAUAUGCACUGGCCGGAGGCUUCCAGCCAUGAGGUGUGAAUUGAAACCUAUUUCCCUCUUUUCUUAUAGCACGUUGAGAAAAUCUGUUGGGUUUUCAGCAGUCAGGGAAGGCCGGAGUUCUGCAGCUUUAAUCUGGGUAACUGAGGCUGGUUGGGGCAAGACUUCGGUUAAUUAACUGGGUUCUCAGAUGCCACAGACUCCGUGAAAAGUCACCAUUAUUUUCAAUGGUUGUGAUAGAAUUUCCCCCCAGUAGCCAUUAUUUUAAGAUUAUAUUGCAGAGUUGCUUUAUUUGAGCUUUUCAUGUAUACACAAUCCCAAACUGGAAGAAAUAAUUUAAAAAAAAAAAAAAAGGAAUCCUGCUGUGAAAGGUAUAUAUUACUCUAGAUUUUUCUUACUGUAAAUAUUGUAAGAUUGUAAUACUGUCGAUAUUUUAUUAACCAACAAAUGUUAAUCUAUGUGAAUUCAGACUUAUUUUAAAUGUGCUUCUUAUUUACUGUGUGUGGUCCCUGUUGCUGACAGUAUUAAGUUAUAUUCUGAUGUAAGAUUAACUUUAUUAAAGAAUGUAAACAUUCAUGUUUCCUUAUGGGAAAACAAAUAAAGUAUAAAGAAGACAAUUCUUUUCAUUAAAAUAUACUGUGUAUUUACACUUGCUAGACCCAGCACCACUUAUAAAUUUAGUACACUGUUCAGAAUUUUAGUUAACACGGCUGACAUGGUUGUGCUCUGUUUGAAAGUCUAAGAGUAGGUAUUGUUGGAAUAUAAAGUUUGUAUUUGUCUGCUGUGAAUCAUAAUCUUGAAAUUUCUAAUCAAGUUUGUAAAAUUUUUAUAGUAAAACAUUUUAAUGACAAUUUAAAAAUUUACUUCUCUAAAGAAUGGUCAAAACAGUAUCCUUUCAAAAAUAGAAUUGUUCUUUAAUAUCUUUCCAAACUGACUUUGGUUAAAUGGACCAGAUGUAUAUUAGUUAAAAUUUAGGACAAAGUUGUGAUAUUCUUUGAGUUUACAAGUUAAUCCUUAUUGGAAAUGUGCCAAUUAUACAGUAGAAUAUCAUUAAUUUGCACUGUUUGGGGACCCCAUUAAGAAUGCUGAAUUUUGCCAACUAAGAAGUAAGCAAAUGCAAUUUAAAAAGUAAAUUUGAGCAUUCUGUAUUAAAUAUGUGCAGUUAUUAUCACAUGAAGAAGCGCAGUGUGUCGGGCUGUAAUAUAACCAUACUUGCUGUCAUGUUCUCCCAUCUCAGUGCUGGGAACUCACCAUGUGGAAACCAAGCAAAUGUGUUGUGCAUCAGCCGGCUUGAGUUUGUUCAAUAUCAAAGCUGAAACUAGCGAGGUCUGCUGUACUGCUUAUUGAAGUAUUGUGAUUCUUUUAGGCAUUGAUUCUUACAAAAUAUAUACUGUAACAGUAUACUUUGUACAGAUUUAAAUUUUAUUUGAAAAAAAUGAAAUAAAGUAGGCAAAAAAAUAAAGAUGUUUAUUUUUC